ACCCAUCGAGAAUCUUCACAGGGCGAGGUGUCGCAAUGUCAUCUACUCAAUCCUUGAUCCUAAUCCUGCGCGUCGGAUCACCGCAUCCCAGGUGCUCAAGUCCGAAUGGGGUAGAGAGAUCAAGCUCUGCAAAGCUGGAGAAGAAGGUCUGCUACCACCUAACCACUAGUUGUGCGCUGCCACUCAUCGCGAAUAGGCUACUAAGAGCUCACGAUCGAUGGUUGAUGACGAUGCGGGGUGGGGAGGGUGGCUGGGUGCUGUUGAUAUGAUUGGCAUAUCUAGGUCCACUUGUUGCUCGUGUCGGAUUCUUCUCCUACAUACAGAUGUAUAGUGCCCUCGUCAGAAAGGGCUCUCGAUGAAACGAUUCCCACAUUGUUACUUCUUUCUUCCUUUGUUUACGGGGUUGCAUUUUCUUUUUCUUUUUCAUUUUUUCAUUUUUUUUUACUGGGCAAAGAGAAUUUGGGAUGGCGUUGGGAUGGGAGCGGUUUUCCUGGUGGCAUGUGUUUUUUUUAUAUUUUAUUCCAUUGGUUUUUUUUCUUUUCUCUUCCUUUUUCUUUCUUUUCUUUUCGUCUUUUCGUCUUUCUGUUAUAAUGUUUUCUCUCUCGUUUUAUGAUGGCCACCUGUCCAUUUUUACCUACACUUAGGUUACUUUACGUUUACGUUUACGUUUAUUAUACUCUACAUCAUCUUAGGAAGUACUCACUUGAUACAUACAUCUCUCUGUCGUUUGGUGGGCGCAUCGUUGAUUGGUUGGUUGGUUUCUCGGUCGGUCGGCGCAGGUGUGUUGUUGGGUGAGGGGCUUGUGAUGCUCGUUUUCUCUUUGCUUUUCUUUUCUUCUGGAAAUGAUGGGUGAUGAUGGGUGCGGCCUAGUUACCUCCUAGCUAUGGCGGACUCUGUGCUGGGCGCUUCUGGUUUGGUUUGGUUUGGGUUAGCAUGUUAGGGCGUGUUGUUGCUGCUGUUGGUGGUGUUGGUGUUGAACGGAAACGGGAACGGAAAAGGGGAGUUCGAUUCAUUGCCUUGUCAACUUUCGCGAAUGGAAUGAUAUUUCUAGAGACUGGACGUAUGAUGCAUGU